AUGGAACCCGCUAUUUUCUUUGGGCUCUUUAUCAUUUUCACCAUAUACGGCUUUUGGCAUCCCAUCCCGUUAACAACGAUUAACCCACAUUUCCCAUUACCCGCGAGAGUUGCCGGAACUAUCCAGCUAACAGCUACGACAAAUUCUGCAGUAUCUGUGUUCCGAAAUGUUUUGUGGCCGGAUUCAAAUCCAACUGCGCCUUCAAAUGAGUCUCUACAUACUAUCACCCCUUUACUCAAAGACCAGCUCCAAGUCUUCCUUAAUAAAUGGGAUCACAAACUUGAGGAACACAUCUCUGCAAACGCGGAGCGUCUGAUCUCUAGAGUUACAGAUUGUACUCCAACACCCACGUUGCAAGCGAUGGUGACCAACAUCAUAGAUCCAGAGCUCCACCCAAUUCAUCUAGAUUAUAACAAUUGGUUUGGGUUCACAUUCUAUCGCUUUGCGAAGAAGGAAGUCAGACGCAAUCCUAAUAUGUACACAUUGGCUGCCAUCUUCGUCUUUGUCAACUUCUGGCUGGCUAGGUCCGCCCGAAGAUUCGACGUACGUGAAAAGCUUGAAGUAACUAAGGAGAUUCCGGCCGAUAAGAUGAAGGAAAUACACGAUGAACUCCUUGCCCACAAUGCCCGUUUACAUUUGGUAGAAGCCAAGGUCGAAGGCCUUUUGAUCGCUCCCACUGCUGCCCUGACAGAAGGCCAGCGCCAAGUUUCGAGGCGUGGUUCUGAGCGAAGCUCACAGAUUGGCGAUCCUGAGAAGUUCCCAGGGCGAAUUCAGGUGCUGCCAGUCAGCCAGCCUGGAAGGUCUGAGUUUGAAUCUCUUCAACAGCAACUAACAGCGAUGAGACAAGAUCUUAUUUCGUUGAAAAGUGACUCGGAAACACACUCAGAACACUUUUCAGAGAACAUGAAUGUUGUUAUGAGCACAAUUAAGGAAUUGCAAAAGGAUACUAGGUCUAAUUCGCAUGCCAGGAUAUUGAAAGACGCAGCCUCGAUUAGAAAUAUCGUACUCGAAGAACUUGAGUUGCAGUUUUCUCCUCUCCAAAAUCGGAUUUCCGACAUUGAGCACUAUACUUCCUCCUCAAGAGAGAACUCGGAAAAGAUUGCAAGUCAAAUAUCGCGAAUUAUGGAUGCCAUCCAUGAGCUAAAGAGAGAAUCCGAAAAAGCCGAACGUAAGCUUCUGGCUUUAGCCUCGACCAAAACAGCUAGAUCCAAAGACCAUGAGUUCGAAUUUGAUGCGCUUCAAAAGCAGGUAGCGGAACUGAGGCGGACAACCGACGUCUUAAAAGACGAAUUGAAUGGCAACAUUUCACGGCAGACAUUUUCAAGAAUGAACGAAAUGAAAGAAGGUUCUGCAAGAGAUAUCUGUAUUGAUUUAGUCAAAAAAGAGAUGGCUAAAUUCGAAUCAUCAUUGAGGAAUGUUGAGGAGAGGAACGGGACGAAGAGCCAGGAUUUACAGCAUUUACGAGAUUCUCUAGAAGCUCUACAAGAAGCCAGUACUAGGUCUUUGAAAGAAGUAUCUGACCGCCUAGAUAAGGCGGUGGAUGAAAUACAAUCGAAGCCAUGGACAGUUGAACGCGAGCAGCUCACCCAAUGGGGCACCAAUGUUGAAACUAGGCUUCAAGGAUUGGAAUGCAAUGCACUAACUGAAAACAAUCUAAACCCCAUUCUAACACAGUUGGAGUUGCUGAAUACCAAAGUUGAACUUGUUGAUACGUUGUUCAAAAGAAUGGAAGAUGAAACUGCUACAAAGUUUGAACACAAGUCUCUUUUUACUGAUGUUAAAGAUCUCGAAGGCCGGGUAAACCAAUGGGAAUCCACUCACCAGAAGGACCCGGCCAGUGCUAUGAAGGAGGAGCAUGUUGUUAAACUGAGAGAUCUGGGCAAAAAUUGUGUGGAACUCAGAUCAGAAAUCGUUGAAAUCAAAGAUCACAUCACUGCCUUGAUCUCUGAUGAGCUCCCUCAACGACACUCGGAAAUCUUUGAUAAGCUUACCGAAAGUAUUCGACUAAACACCACUCAGAUUGAGAAAAAUUUUGAGGAUCGUUAUGCUCAUAAGGGGGAUGUACUUAGGUGCCUGAAUGUCCUUCAACUAGAAGGAAAUAAGCUAAUUGACCUGCAGCGCCUAAAGAAGAAUCUUUCUGAGGUUGAGAAUUACGCCUACGGCACUCAAAAUAACCUGAAUCUAGCAGUUGAAAGAAUAACUGACAAUGAGCAGCAUAUUGAAAGUUUACGCGAGGGAAACGCUAUUAACUACAAAGAUAUUCGCCGAUGUCUAGAAAAGCUAGGGCUUUCUGGGACCAUAAUGCCUCUUAGUGCACCUAUUAACCCAAAGCCUGUUCCUGGCGAAUCCAAGCCACCCGUCCACAUUGAUUUGUCUGUGGGGAGAAAGAUCAACUCACCGUCGUUGUCCAGUACACAAGACCGAGGUGAUAAAAAUAUCAGUCGGUUUGAUCCAAGGUACAAGGAAGAUGACAAGUCUACCAGCUCCAAUGCUGAGCCUAGCGUGUCUAAGGGUACUGAAAAAUUGAAAGAAAUAAACAAAGGCAAGAAUAUCGGUCGACAUGAUCCAAAUUACCAGGACAGCAGGGAUAAGUUCAGAAAAUCUUAUCCCGAACCAGGAUCUUCAGAAGCAUCCAAAGCAAGAGGAAAGAUGAAUCCUAUGGCGGAAUCAUUCGGGGAGCGCCCAAAAAGCGAUGGGGAUAGAAGUCUGGCUUCAAGGGCUAGUUUGUCUCAGUCAAAAUUUGCGGAAAACGAAAAGCUAGAAGCCGAAGCAACGACAGCGAAGGAGGAAUCCAGUAAAAGUGAAGAUUAUUCUCAGUCUCCAGCCCAAACUUCCUCACAUCAGGGGCAGUCAUCGGAGAAGGAAAAAGGGGACAUAGUUUCUAUAUCUGUCUCGGACGAUAAUGGCAGUAGUACCCCAGACCUUUCUGCUGACGUAGUUACCAACAAGUCCACUGAGGAUCCAGCUAUAACCAGGGCGGGGGAUUCAAUGGAACUAUGA